CAUUGUGGUUAUGUACUAAUUUUGAUUCUUGUCUUUACUGUUUACAGAAGCAUACGAUUGUUCCUUUAAGAAUUGGUGGUAUAUGUCCUGUUGUGAAUCAUUAUAGUCCUUAAAUACAUGUCAUCUUCCUCACAGAAUUUCUGCAUGUAAAUAGUAAUUUGGUGGAGUUUUUCUAUAUUGACAGUAAUAAAAGCUUGCCACAUUCUUUCACAUUGUUUUCGUUGAUUAAGUUAUUCAUAUGCUGAAUGCAAUGGCGGCUUGAUGAGCUGAAGGGUAAAGCCUCUUACCAAGUCAUACACAGACUCUUUAAGCGAGCUUGGAAUCUCGAGGUAAUUUAUUGAUACUUGUUUGAUUCGUAAGCCAUGUUUUUUGCUUUAUGCUUAAGUUUAGAUGAAGCUUUGGCAUUUUUUAUUUUAAUUGCAGCUUGAACAUUUGCCUACAGAUUAUAGUGGCUCAUCCCUUACUCUCAUUGGUUCUCAAAGAAUUUGUCAUUUGAUUUUCAUGAUGUCAGGUAAGCCUUUUUGAGGUACUAAGUUGUCAAUAUCUCUGUGAACAUUUAGCGGGUUUUUGUUGUUUUGAUAUCUUUUCUUCAUAGUUCGGUUCAUUAAUUUCAGUAGCCUUAAUUUAAAACCAUGUGUAAGAAAAAGUGGCUUACCUUGUUGAUGUUUUUGCAAAGUCAUCUUAAAAUUGACAAAUGGCCUUUUCCAAAUUCUAAUUGUGUGUCUUGUCGUUCUUUUCGUAUGAAUCAGGUUUGUCCAAUAUCCCCUUAAGACGUGCAGGACAAGGAGCAGUAGCCUGGAGCUUAAGGCGAUAAGAGACAUUUGCAGGAGUCAUCUACUCCAUUUGCUUGGCUCUAUUUGUUUCAACUCUGCAGCAUUCUUUAGUUGUUCCAGUUGCUUUUUUUACGUGUAGCUCCUUUACAUGAUUUCGUUUCCUGUUAAUGUUUAUUUACUUUGUCAUUGGAUUCCAUAAAUGAACUCCAUGUAAUAUUUUUGUCUUAUUUAAAAGAAAUUAUUGAUACAAAGUCUAAGUCUCCAAGAGCAUGCAACAAGCUAAUGUAAUUAAUUAAAAGGAUUCUUUGUAGUGUUUAUUAUAUGUCAUUUUAGACAUGAGACAAAUAAUGCACCUUUCUUGAAAAAUAUAUUCGUCAAUAUAUGCAGGUAUGACAAAAUAAUGUCGUCACAAUAAACACUUGUGAGAAAAUGUAGUCGUCACAAUAUACAGUUAUGACAAAAUAUAAUUGCGUAAUAUGACGAAUAAUUAUCCCAAAUCACCUGAUUAUGACAACCUUAAUGACAAAAUAUGUCGUCAUAACAUCUAUGUUUGUCACAAUAGACUACCCAGAAUCUCAGCUAUACUAUAUGCAAAUGUGACAAAUUUGUUUUAAAUAUUUGUCACAUCUGACCUAUCCUGACGGCGAUAAAAUGACAACCUUUGUGACAACACCAUUUGUCAUAUUAUACCUAAUAUGACAAAAUCGGUAUCUAAUAUGACAAAAUAGCCUCGUCAUAAUAGGCAGAAUUUGUUGUAGUGAAGGACUCACGAUGCCGAGAAGCGUUGACUUGACCGUCCAAGUUAACGGUCAAAAGUCGGGUUUGGCCAAAUUGUUUAUUUUGGUGUAUAGUUCGGGCCAGGAUGUUAUAGAUCGAAAAGAUUGGCCAGGAUGUUUACUUUUGUCAAAGUUCAGGCCAUACGAAAAUAUUAACCCAAAAAUAUAGGUACAAUAUGAAAUUGUACCAUAACAUUAAAUGUACAAUUUCAAGUUGUACCAUAAAAACAAAAACCUAUAACACCAAUACUAUAUAUAUAGCAUUGUAAAAUUCCUCAAAAUAAUAUUAGUUAUCUUUGGUUAACGUUUGUAUCUAUAUUUUCUUGAUCAUGCAAACUAAGCUAAACCAGACUCACCAAAUAAUCACAAACCCAACCAUCUGGUUUGAACCGGCCAGAAAGAUGUGAUGGCUCAUGGCUGGCAUCGGUGCGUUAAUUUCCGCUCGCAGAAAAUUAUCAAGCAAACGUUCACCAAGUGUGGAUCCCGCCCCGGCUCACCAUCCACAAACCAGUUCCUGGCCGCUAGCCCCUUCAUAGUUUCGCUAAAAUAUAUCCACCGGAAAACAGAAAAUCAUGCUUUGUGCCACCGCCGCCGGUAGCUUAUUAUAUUCUCCACCCGCUGCUUACUGCAAUCCUAAUAGCAAAUUCCCUUGCCUCUCGUCUAGAAUCUCCAGUUUUAUACUGAACUCGCCAAAGCGGUGGAGAUGCAGAGCCAGUCUAAUUACAACCUCCGACUCGUUCGAAGUCGGAGCACUCGUCGGAAGUUACGGCUUCAUGAACGUUACCAGUUAUUCGGGAUUUCAAUCAGGCAGCGAGUUAAGCUAUUCGCCAAUUGAUCUCCAACAGCUGAAAGUUCAAGAUGUUGGGGAAGGCAGUUUCAAAAUCAAGCUUUAUGAAGGAAGAGUAGCUCAGGGAUCACAAAGGGGAACUCCUGUUCUGUUUAAGGUUUAUCCGGGCCAAAGGGCUGGUGGUAUCGAGGCCGAUAUGAUGGCUGCAAAUGAGCUCAGUGCUCACUCUUCCCUUCAGAGCUCUGCAGAAGGUAUUUGUAAGAAUCUAGUGCAUCUAAUAGGAGGAUUUGAGACGAAAACUGGAGAACAGUGGCUUGCUUUUCGCAAUCAUGGGAAAUAUAGUGCAGCAGAUUAUGCAGCACUGACUAGCAAGAGAAUCUCACAAGGCUCUUCUUCACGAGAAAAGUCCUGGAACAGCUUUCAACAACAGAAAGAUAUGGAGUAUAGAAGAUACUUUGUUAUCAGGAUCCUUCAAGGUGCUAUAAGUGGUCUUGCCUUCAUGCAUGAUCAUGACAGAUUGCACCAGAGUCUUGGCCCUUCUUCUGUCCUUCUCAAUACCAUAACUGAGAAAGACGCCGGUUAUCUGAUUCCACGUCUCCGAGACUUGACAUUUUCUGUUGAUAUGAGCUUUGACAGUAUUUCAAAUCUAGAAGGUGCACGAACACUCUCAGAGAGUCUGUGGAGAAGGGCUACUGCUGCUGGUGCCUUCACGACUCUGGAGAAACGGGCCUUUGGAAUUGCCGACGACAUAUAUGCAGCAGGUCUGCUUUUGGCAUACAUGGCGUUCGUUCCAUUCUGUGAAGCAGGUAUCAUGGAUAGCCUUUCGUUGCAGAGGCUUUUGGAGAAUACUUUUAAACUCGAUCUUGAAGCUACAAGAGAAUACUGUCUUGCGGAUGAUCGCUUGGAAGAAGCCGUGAAGUUUCUGGAUAUCGGCAAUCGGUCUGGUUGGGAAUUACUUCAGGCGAUGCUGAAUCCAGAUUUUCGACAGCGUCCGACUGCAAAGGCUGUGCUCAACCACUCCUUUAUGAGUGGCUCUCUACUUUAGAGUUCCAAAAGGCACCCUAGCUGGACAUGGCCACGGUGAACUUCAUACUUCCUGUCUACUUCCUUGGCAAUGUAUAGCAACUGGCUGUGAUGUAUGUACAUUAGGGAGGACGAUAAGUAAUGUAGGUCGAGGGAAAUGUUGGUUGGAAAUUUGUGAACAAUCUUAAGGCUGUCAAUUGAACCAAACCUGAAAAAAUAAUCAUCACAGAACACCGAGAUUACGUGGUUCCCAACAAGAGAAGGUUAUGAUCUCUUAUUCCACGUUCACAGAAGCUUACAUUGGCCAAAACCCUCCACACACAUAUAUACUCGGCUGCCUCAAGCCCUAACCCACUUCAGAAAAGAAAAUUUAUGUGCAUGG